GCCUCCGCCUGUAGACCGCCGGCCCCUGGGGGCCCAAUGCUACUGCUUUCUCUAUGCGUCCUGGAGUGCCCUCGAGGAUUGGGGACUUAAGUGGCGCGCGGAGCGCUUAGUGGUGUCAGUAAAGAUCGAACAAGGGAGCAAAUGCUCGGGUCUUCUUGAAGGGCAUCAGUCCAAGCACCCUGGAAGGACUAGAUGGGCUGAUAGGCAAAGCUGUUGACCAGAGAGAAGGGGCGUGCCCUGGGCGGAGAGGGGCGUGUUCGGGGGCGGGAAGAGGUGUGUCUAGGGUGAGCUGGGAAGGACUUGAUCCCUGCAGCAGAUGCAGGGCUCAGGAGUCGGAGCCGGCACAAUUCUGGUGUUGGCGAACUCUCUUGCUGGUGGCCUCUGGACUGCGCGAUGACUGGACGGGCUGUGUGUGGUGGGCAAAGCUGGGGCUUCGUGAAGGACAUGGCAAACACCGGAUGAAGACGCAGAGGAAAGCAAGGGAAACGCCACAUCUCAUCAUUUCUAAGUGACUUCCGGGUCUGCGUACGAGAGCUGAAAAUGAAGGAAGAUUGCUCAUCCAGCUCUCAUGUGCCCGUCAGCGACAGCAGGUUCAUCCUGAAGUCAGAACUCUUAAGCCUGCUCAAAACCUACAACUGCUACCAUGAGGGCAGGAGCUUCCAGCUAAGACACCGAGAGGAAGAAGGGACUCUGAUCAUCGAAGGACUCCUCAACAUUGCUUGGGGACUCAGACGACCCAUCCGGCUCCAGAUGCAGGAUGAUCGGGAGCGAGUGCACCUGCCAUCUGCCACAUGGGUGCCUGAGCGGCUCAGCUACCUCCAAAAGGAAGCAUCACCCCAGGAUGGCAAGAUCCCUACUGAGGAGCCUAGUGCUCAAACUGCAAACAAGGCAGAGGUUUCCAGCGAUAGCUCAGGACCACUGGAGAAGGAAGAGGAGGAGGUCCCACAGCUUAUGCGGACAAAGAGUGAUGCCAGCUGCAUAAUCCAGCGGAGGUCCAAAUCCCGGGCACCGGGCGAAGCCCAGAAGAUACGACAGCACCGGUUCUCCAUCAAUGGACACUUUUAUAACCACAAGACCUCAGUGUUCACUCCUGCCUAUGGGUCUGUGACCAACGUCCGGGUUAACAGCACUAUGACCACCCAGCAGGUGCUCACCCUGCUGCUGAACAAGUUCCGGGUAGAAGAUGGCCCCAGUGAGUUUGCACUCUACACCGUCCAUGAGUCUGGAGAGCAGACAAAAUUAAAAGAUUGCGAGUACCCGCUGAUAUCCAGAAUCCUGCAUGGGCCCUGUGAGAAAAUUGUCAAGAUCUUCUUGAUGGAGGCUGACUUGAGCGAGGAAGUGCCCCAUGAUGUUGCCCAGUACAUUAAGUUCGAAAUGCCGGUGCUGGACAGUUUUGUUGAAAAAUUAAAAGAAGAGGAAGAAAGAGAAAUAAUCAAACUGACCAUGAAGUUCCAAGCCUUGCGUCUGACCAUGCUGCAGCGCCUGGAACAGCUAGUGGAGGCCAAGUGACUACUAGCCGGAGCUUGCCUGUUGUGAUGCCUGUGGUAGCAAGUGUGCAUGGAGUCCCAGGGAUCCAGCUCUAACUGAUCACUGACUGAUGGCUGCUGCCCAGUACCUAUGCUCAUUCCACCUGCCCACAGACUACAUAGCAUCCUGCAUCUCUAGUCUUGGUACCAUGGUGAGCAUGCAUAGGCAUACUCAGGAACUUGCUGGCUUGGAUCUAUGUGCAAAGCUGGCCUAGGUGGUAAUAAAGAGCCUUGGACCUGUGGUACCAGCCUUUGUAUGGUUGAAUGGUAUGGCCAGCCUUGUUCCUGUGUAUUUCCAGUUUGAGAGAGCAGUAUAGCAUCCAGUCCCUGGAGAAUGAACUUUAUCUGCUUGCCCAGUGCCUGUCUCUGAGCCUCUACAUAGCCACAAGUUCCCGCCCUUAUCGUCCAUGUAAACCAUGAACUCCCUGUCUUCCCUCGCUUCUCAUUGCCACUCAGGAACCAUACGGGAGCAGGAGCUGCCAAUAGCCAUGAGAUAUGGCCCGCUUCUAACUACUGCUUCACCAUGAUGUCCUGGCCUCCGAGCCUCCUUUCCUAACCAACAUUCUGGGCCUAGAGGUUAGAUCAGGACUAGGACUACCAAGAUCUCAUCGGCUCUUGGCAUAAAUCACCCUUAAUGUGUGAGUGUGAUCCAAAGAAAUCCUUGGAAGGAGUUGUCUUCAAGCAAUAGGUCCAUUGAAUCAUGUUUCGGAAGUUGAUUGGUGUAGCAUCGGAACAGCUGACAGUGGCUCAGUCCCCUUCACUCCCAUCUUGUGGAUGUCCGUGUCUCUUGUUUUCCUUGGGACUAAGCUUUCUCUCUAGUGGACAGGGACAUCCUGUCAAAGCUCAGCCAAAAUGGGAAAUGUCUGUCUGGAGACAAAAGGCUUCUAGUCCCCUAGAUACGGAUACAGAGCAGUUCGUUUGCUGACUGACUGAAACCUCUGGAAUGAAUGAGAAAGCUAUGCAAUGGUUUACAUCAGUGGUGGGAAUACUUGUCUAACAGAGCAAACUAAGGGCCAGCUUCUUCCCCUGAGGUCUGCAGACAGUGGAUGUAAAGAGAAGUAUGAUAAAGGCCUUCGAAAGAUCCAUCUUCAAUGCAGUGCCUGUGGAAGCCGCUCGUGGAGUCCUGAGGGGCAGAGUGUGAGAACAGCUGUGCAGUGGGAAGCCACAAGGCAGGGUAGAUGUCACCCCUAGAUUUUCCAGACCCAGCUCUGUUUCGCAGAGAUGCUUCGCUGCCAGGGGAAGGUCUCUUGCCUUCUCGCCUCCUCGGCACUGUGCUUUCUUCGGUUCUUAACAAAGGCCUGUUGUGUUGAACAGAAGGUGCAGGACCAACCUUUCUUGUGCUUCUUCUUCUUGUGUUCAUUGCCUUGACCCAAUUUUCAAAUCCCCGAAGCUGUUGUACUACACCAUGAAGAGCUGCAGUGGGCAGAGGAACCACCCACCUGGCGACACUGGAACCUGGCGACACUGACAGGACUCCUUCACUUCAUGCACAGGCUGAGGUCUGGUGUGAGGCCUGAGGCCAGGCUGCCCUACCUUAGAUCACGAGAAAGGACUCGCUGGCGGUAGUCUGUGGGCAGCCUGAGCAAUAGAGUCAUCCUGAAUUGCAGAAUUUUAGCAUCAGAAGUAUUAGGGAUCUUCCAGCCAGAGAGUUCGGAGUUGAAAACCCGAACUGGAUUUUUAGCCUCAAGACAUCUCCCUGUCCGUUGUUCAGAAGUAAUUAACUGGCUUGAUUGUUUUAUGCUGGGCCUGUACUAGACCCUGGAGGAAUGAAGAUAGAGUCUUGGUAAGGCCUCUUCUGGAGAAGCAGACGUGGAGGCAGUUAAGCAUCUGAUACUGAGCAGACAGCUACGAGGGAAAGGUACUGUAAGCCAAGAGACACCUUCCGUCCCUCACACAGGAACUCCAUGCUAGGAUCGCUGACACAGGAAACCCUGGAAGUAGCAGCUAGCUCGGUGGUGCUUCAUAGCUGUCCAAAUAUUAGUUAAGGCUUCUUACAAUAUGUCUUACUUUUGAAAUAGUAUCAAAACUAAUUUCUGAAUAACAUAUUUAGGAAAAACUCUAGCAAGUUGCACAGAGCGGUGUCCUCUGCUGUGUUCCUGUGUAGUGUUCACAAAUGUUGGACUGCCCUGCCCCCUCUGCUCUUUGAGGGCAGCUGGAGAAGCGGCCUUUUUUUGCAGGGCGUAACAACCCUGGAACCUGAGAGUGUGGAGGCUGUGGCUUCAGAGUGCGCGAGGGCUAUCAUCGGCUAUGGAGGUCACCGCCUUUCUGGUGGGUUUUCCAUUUCUCAGAUGAUAAAGGUAUCUACAGAUAAAGUGAAAAUCCCUGUUAGAAAGGACCAUCUUCCAAAAUAGAUCUGUCCUCAGAGCCUCGAAUAAUAAACAGCACAGGUCGAAAUCAGUGUGAUUGCAAAAGUCCCGAGCUCAGAAUAAACAGGGUUGUUUGCCCAGAACAAAUGACCAAAUGGCCACAACAGAUUAGAAACAAGAGUAGGGCAAAGACUUGUUUUUCUAAAGCAAUAACCUUUGGACUUUCUCUGUGACAAAACAAAGCCUUUUGCCCAGAAUACAUCUGGCUCCUUGGUCCCAGGGAAGGGAGAGAGGGCUUAUGUAUUCCACUCAGGUGAUUUGGGAUAGGAACUGGAAUUAUGCCAAGGGUGCUGUGUGAACACAGCUGCAGAGAGACAGGCCCUGGAAUGUCCUUAUCAGGCGUACUCUGACUACCAGGUCCUCGGGCCCUCUGACCCUCAUCAGUGGCCAGCAGGAAGUCUGGGAAGUCACAGCCAAGCAGUAGCACGUAUAAAAACAACCAGAUGCAUGUACUAUAAUUAGGCCCCAAGAACUGCACUUGGGUGUUAGCCAGCUGUUGACGUGCUGGGAGCCUCACAGGACCUGAGGUAGGGCUCUGUGCCCUCAGCAGGGUUGUAACAAAAGGUUUUCUGCUAGUCCAAGAGCAUGGGAAUUCCCAGGGUUUCCUUUUUCAUCCAACCCAAGGGGCACAAGACAAUGCCUCAGGCUUAUCUAACCAACUCAUUGUCCAGGGUCCUGUGUGCUGCAGGACCCACUUUGAGAGAAACAGAGUGUGUUUGUUCCUAUACUCAGGCCAUUCAAAUGACCCAUCCUGCUGUUCCUGGACUGUGGGUCAGCUCUGCCAAUGACAGCAGCACUCCUCCAUUGAUAUAGUGCUUAUUCCUGUACAUGUAUGUACACCUGCCUGUAUACCAAAAUACAUAUGUGAAGAACAGGGUCUAAGGAGCAAAACCACAGAAAAGGGAAAUUACUUUGCUAGGCUGUUUCUCAGCUGUUGUUAUUGUUGUCAUUGUUGUUCUAGAUUUCUUGUUCUAGCAUGAGUUCUUUAAAUAUUCAACCCACUCUGGGUAAGUGGCCCCUGUGGUGCAGAUCUCCAGAGAAGCUACAGCCACUGAGCUAAGACUCCCAGAAGGAAAAUCUGCCGGGUACCCAGGCUGUGGCCUCUCCUCUUACCCUCUGUCUCUUCUCCCUUUGUCUAAGGACUACAUGUGACUGUUCUUCAUAAUUUAAUUUACUUAAAAAUGACAUGGCUCCAAAGCUUGACUCUGUUACGUGUAUACAUGUGGGUGUUUCACAACAUCUGGUCCUUGUGUGUGAGAACCAGCUGCCAAAGGCAGGAGGUGCUAUGAAUCUAAAGGAGGGCACAGAUUGACCCCAGAGUGCAGAGUGUAACUUAUGGACUCACGGGCUUCCGUACCUGAGGAGCAGCAAGGCAGAAGGAUCCUCAUAUCUCAAGUAGGAGUAAGAAGUUUAUAUGCUACUCCAGACAAGUGUGGGCUUCAGUUAACCAGUAUAUACCACAUCUUUCUCCAAAGCUGCUGACAUGACCAGGAUCAGUUAAGGAAGACACUGUGCGUCAGUGACCAGCACAGAGUGCUUGGCUAUCCUAACAGCUUUGUCUUACAGGGCUAGUGAUGUGUGCCAAGGUCAGCUGGUAGGCAAUAUGGUGGUUACGGUGACCAUGCCUAUGGUUGUGUCAAACUGAAUUCUAUACUGGGACAGUUACUUGCCUCACUUUCCUCAUCAGUAAAAUGGGGGUAAGCAUGGUUCCUAGUUCUCAAGGUUGUUGAGAGUCAUAGCUUUAUUGCAGUGACAAGGCCAGAAAUCUCCGCAUCACAGGAGACUUUACAUCUCUCAGAAACUCUGGGACUAUAUAGUGUCCAUGGUGUGUUCAUGUGGCUUAGUUCCACGUGUGUGUUCUGAUCCUGGAUCCCCAGACUCGUUGGGACAUGUUACUGAAGCAGAGGGAAGGAGCCGAGUGACUGUGGGAGUGUGUGUCUCAAGGCUGCUUCUGGGUCAAGGCUGCUUCUGGGCCACUGUGUUGCCUCCACCCACUCUUGGCCAGUGGAAGUCCUCUAAUGAAGUCCUUAUCGGGAGAUGCACACUCUAGAGUAGUGAUGCUCAACCUUCUUGAUGCUGCAAUCCUUUAAUACGCUUGUUCAUGUUGUGGUGACCUCCCGACCAUAACAAUUAUUCCCAUUGCUACUUCACAAAUGUAAUUCUGCUACUGUUAUGAAUCGCAAUGUAAAUAUCUGAUAUUUCCAAUGGUCUUUGUUGACCCCUGUGAAAGGAUCAUUGGACCCCAGAAGGGGUUGUGACAACCCACAGGUUGAGAACUGGUGCACUGGGGGCUCUGAGAAUUGGCCCCCAUAAGCAAAAGAACAAAAAUCAAAGAGGAUGUCCCACAUGGCCAUUAUGGUCAUGCUAGGACAGUAGUAAAGACCUUAAAAGUUCUUCAGACGGUUCCUGGCUGAGGUAUGACAAUGGAAUACUGUUAUACUAACACAUGACCUGGGGCAUGGGGCUUUGAUUGCUCACGCCCCUUUUCCUUUCCACUUUGAUGCCCAAGGCCUUUCCUGGCCCAGGCCUCUCCCCAGCCUUCCCUCCCAUUCUUUCUACUCACAGUGACUUUGCUCCUUUCUUUCCUGACCUUUGUCUCCUUUCAAAACUCUAUCACUAUUUGACUGCCUGCCUGUUCUGAAUCCCUUUGGGCCUUUUGUAGCCGGUGCAGGUGUUUUUCUAUACAGGAAAGGAUUCUCUACCUUUAAGUGAAACAACAAAGGCUUAUAAGUCAUGACUAGUAGAGUAGUCCCAGUGUGUUUUGGCUCUUGGGUUUUUUUCUAUUCCACCAGCACACACCACUGUUGCUCACCUCACCACUGGCACCAGCCACAUAUGACAACAAUUUAGUAAUAAAAUUAGCAAUAAAUCAUGUUUAUCAUGUGUUA